AUGAGGAGCAAAGUAGUUCCAAUCCUAGGUGUUAUACUACUGGUGCUAGCUACCGAGUGCCACGCCGACACUACUUACAAUGUCAGCUUUGAUGAAUUGCACAAAUGCAAGCAAUACAAUGCUAUCGCGGGAUACAAUUAUCGCAACUUCUUCAAGCUACAUGAGCUGAAACACCACAGCUCAGAUGACACCGAUCUGAUAGUCGAUCUGCUUGUGUACGUGUUAGCUCCUCGCGAUGGUCACAUUUUGUUUUCGGAGCAAAACAAAUCCUCAAGCUCAGCAUUGGAAAUAGUGCUCGGUGGAGGUGGCAACACCUUCUCGCAGAUUCGGUUUGGACAGAAAGGCGCGCCAUUGAAAACGAAGUCUAGUGUAGGCCUGUUGUCACCCAUUGAUCCACUUCCGGUACGCGUGCGUGUCGAAUCUAGCGGACAGAUUUCAGUAUUCGCCGGUAAUCUGACAGGCGAACCGUUCAUGGCGACGAUGAUGCCGAAAAUUAAUGUCACUGAUCUGAAUCACGUCAGCUUCACGACCUGGGGUACAGCGCUGGCGAAAUGGUUCUAUGAUUGUCCACUUCCUUCUAAUGGAACCAGCGAAAACCUCGAAAUUGACGGCAACGAACUGGAGCAGGUGUACGAUGACAACGACCUAUUAAGAAAGCGGAUUCUGUCCACUCCACGAUGGAUCGAUCCACCGAUGAACUUCACAGGCGUUUACAUUGUGCUCCUGCGCGUGAAAGAAAUAGCGUACGAUCAGACAACGAACAUGUUCGAGAUGACCGGAAUGAUGCGUUUUCGUUGGAAUGAUACGCGAUACAGCUGGAACAGGUCGGAGUACAACACCUCGGUGAUAUACGACGAGUGCAGCAAUAUCUGGACACCGGAUUUUGAGUCAGUGUCUCUUUAUUCGGGAGCAUACUCAGAGUGCUACAUCCACCACAAUGGCACAGUUAACGCUAAGAUCGGGGAAUACUCCUGGAUUAGCAUCUGCAUGCUACCUGAUAGCUAUAAAUGGCCAUAUGAUAAUAAUACCUGUGUGCUACGACUAACAGCCGCUGGUUACGAACGAAACGUCCCUAUCCGCUUAUUGAACACAGUGAUACAAUUUGAAUCGUAUUUUGAACGAUCUGAAUGGUCUCUUGGACAAAUGACAAAACAUGAGUAUAAUAUAACCAGCACACCAUUCGGGCAGCUGCCUGUGUUCGAUCUGCAGUUAGCAAUGGACCGGAAAAGUGACAUUCAUGCGGUGUCCAUCUAUCCGCCGUAUUUUGUUGGAAACUUGCUGAUUUCGAUUUCCUUCCUUGCCAAUGGCCGAUCGCGGUUGUUGCUGAACUCGUUGGGACUGAUCGUGCUGUUACAAUCAUUCCUGAGCCUUUCCGCCAUCGUUCCUCGCUCUGGAGUGCCUAAAAUAUAUCAUUUCUUGGUAUAUUCACUAGUUUUCUACUCACUGUCGUCCAUCCUUUACGUGAUCGACCUUUGGUUGAAGAGGACACGUGCCCUAAUUCGACCAGACUCUUGGAUAGCCCGCGUGAUUAACGUUCCAGCUCUGCGGAUUAUAUUCGCUAUGGAUCAACGAAGCAACUACAACACACUGGAGUACAAAAACGUGCGAUGGGACGAGGUGACGUGCAUUCUGAACCGGAUGAUGAUGGUUGCGGUGAUGGUUGUCUUUGCUGUUGGGUUCACCAAACCGUGAACGCUGCUUGUCUACUACGUAUGUGUCUCCAAUGCAACCACAAGUAGCUCGUAAACAUAUUUCACCAAAUGGCACACCAUUGGGGCAACAAAUUUACGAUGUUCGCUUUAUGUUAGGCCACCACCCUGAACGAGGACAUUUA